UGUUGUAAAAGUUAGCGAUGCAGCAGAGUUUGCAGACUGCUCGUUCUUGUAUCCUAUAAUGCCGAGGUCGUGGCAGAUGAAACUGAUGUUUGUAGAUCUGCCACUCUCGUGUCACUGAUAAGCAUGAGGAUCAAACAUUGGGAUUAUAUGCGAGGGACUAACAAGUACCUUGGACUGCGAAGGAUCGUGAUUACUCAACAUGAUCAAACAAAGGAGGGAGGUGAAGACAAACAUCACGGAAUUGCGACCCACACAUGGAUUCUGCUAGGCAUCCUUCUUGUGAUUGCCCUGCUAGUGGUUUCAGCCAUAUGUUUUGUCUUAAAAAGAUGUCACAAUCGCAAGAAAACGAACCCACCCCCCAAAAAUGAAGUAAUCAAAGACAUUCUCCUGAAGAAACCAUCUUGCCUGGAAGUCCCGAUCAAGGAAGUUUACACCGCCACAAACAACUUACAUCAAUCAAAUGUCAUUGGCCAGGGAACUGCUGGAAAGGUUUACAAGGGCAUAAUGUCGACUCAUCAGCAGGUUGCGAUAAAGCACAUCAUCGAAGAAAAUGUGGACACGGUUAUUCGAGAAGUCACGAGCUUGUCACAUGUGAAGCACCCGAAUCUCGUCUCAUUGCUGGGAUGCUGCGUGAACGAGGACGAGUGCUUCCUCAUAUAUGAGCUGUGCCCUAAUGGCAACCUCUCUGAAUGGAUUUUCGGGAAGGAUAAGGCCCUCAGUUGGAUCCGGAGGCUUGAGAUUGCUGUUGGGAGUGCGACAGGCCUUAGCUUUCUGCACACGUAUCCUGAAGGUUGCAUUGUUCAUCGAGAUAUCAAGCCAACAAACAUUCUCUUGGGGCCAAACUUCGAAGCCAAGCUCUCGGAUUUUGGGCUCUCUAAGGUCAUCGAAGCAGGUCAGACUCACGUGAGCUCCGAAGUAAGGGGAACCUUUGGAUAUUUAGAUCCGAAGUACCAAGACAACCGCCGUGUGAACUCAUCAGGUGACGUGUACAGCUUUGGGAUUGUGCUCCUGCAAAUACUCUCUGGGAAGAAGGUUGUUAACUUGAACGAGGACAAACCCAUGUCACUAGACAAAAGGGCGAAGGGUCUGACAAAAGGCGGCAAUACAAUGGAAUUUGCAGAUCCAAAGCUCGAUGGUGAGUACUCAGUGGAAGCAUUUGAUCUCACACUUCGGUUGGCUCUCUCGUGCACGACAAUGAAGCAAGAAAGGCCGUCAAUGGAACAAGUCCUUGUAAUUUUACAGGAGGCGCUUGAAAUAUCGACCAGGGCUAAAGCCUCCUCUCCCGAGUUUAUGUCUGCGUAG